UGCACAAGACGAAGACCAAAAAAAUAUUUUAAAAUCGACAAAUUAUAGAAUUUUGGGACGUGACGAGAGAAAAUAACGAUUGGACAAAGGGUACCUAAGAGUGAAAUGAAACCCUCUUGAUCCUUUUAUGAUAUUUCAAAACAGAAAGACCUUUGAAUUCAUUUACAUGUAUCAUAUCAGCGGAUGUCAUCAAGUCAUUUAAGCGUGCGCAACACGGUAUCCACUCUUCUCUUUAACGAUCGUAAUGGCCUGAGAAUACAAAAUUUGCCUGACAAUUUCGUAUAGAAUGCGUGUGCUCCUGUUGCGAGGGGUUAUGGUGCGAAUUUAGCCUGAGAACGGAAGAUUCCGAACUCAUCCCGCAAAGUACUAAUAAUAGCCAGCUUGCCUUGCCCCUGGCGAGUUAGUUCAACAGGAUACGGUGCCGCCAGUGUCAGCUGACUCGCUCCUGGCAUCGCUGAUCGUCACUGCGACGAGGCAGCGCCGUUCGGAAAUUGAAAUUACGACUCAUCGUGAAGCAGCGGAGAAGGCAGGUGUCACUGAGGACCUUCCAUUUGCGAAGGCAAAGCUAUAACGAUGAUGCAGCUUUCAGUAAUUGUACCUGUGAUAUUACUUUUUGCCAGUCCGCUGUAUGGCAAAAAGUAUGACACGUAUAAUCAAUAUUACGAUCCCCGCCAGAAUUACUACGACAUGGCAGAAAAGUAUCGUCGAUAUGAUCAUUACCAACCACCAACAUCUCCAUUCCAUCAGAAAAUGCAUACAUUCAUUGCUGACUUUGGCCCGACACCACCACCCCAUGAUCAAGUAGCCAAAAUGGCAAGAUACAUUGUCCACAAUGCAGAUUGGGGUGCCAUAUCUACACAUUCUUCUUCCCCUGCCAUUCGAGGAUUCCCGUUUGCAAACAUUGUUUCUAUCAGUGAUGGAACAUCCACCAACAGUUCUGGUGUACCUUAUAUGUACAUCACACCACUGGAACUUUCCACUCGUGACCUAGAAAUUGAUUCAAGAUGUUCACUUGCCCUAUCAUUAGCUGAAACAGAUUACUGCAAGCAGCAAAAUAUUGAUCCAGAAGAUCCAAGAUGUGCAAGAGUUAUUCUUACUGGAAAAGUGAAAAGGGUGAAAACCCAUACCUCAGAAAUUGACUAUGCAGAGAACGCCCUGUUUUCCCGUCAUCCUGCUAUGCGUUCAUGGCCAAGGAGUCAUGGUUUUUAUUUUGCAAAACUUAAGAUAGAGCAAAUUUUGGUGCUGGACUACUAUGGAGGCCCUAAAAUCGUGCCAAAACCAGAGUACUUUAACCCUGGUGAUGUUCGCUUCAGAAUUUAGACAAGAUCAAUUGUUAGUUAUUAGUUGCUGAAAAGAAAUUAAUAAAAACAAUGAUUUACUGCACUUGAUGCAAUGAAUACAAGGUGAUAUUUGUUUAUCUUUCACAAGACAGGUGUGGAAUAUUAUGCUACUAAUAUCCUGUUAGUACUGGUGAUAAAGGUAUCCUUGUUUGCCAGGUGAUUAAAAGUAGUUUUGCCACAUGACUGAUAAGUUAUGUGCAUACUAUAUUUGUGAUGUAUUAUCCCAGAAGAAUUAAAUUGAAGAUUCAACAAAAUGCUCAAGAACUGAAAUGCAGUUGUAAAAUUAAAUAAAUAAAGAGGAUAGUUUUCCUUUAUCGUGUUUUUAAUUAUUUUUCUCAUUCCUAGGCAUACAUAUAAUGUACAUUUUUUUUACUCUUGUAAUAUGGAAACAAAUAAUACAAAUCAACAAAAAACAAAAUAUCCGUUAAUCACAAAAUUAAUAAAGUCAUCCUAAAACAAAUAUGCACUGGAAUUUAGAAAUGUUAUGUAGUACUAUUUAGUAACUUCAGUUGAAGUACUACUGUAUUAGGAGAUGUAGGAUCUGCCACAAGCAGUUGAUCACCAUCAGACAGUCCCAAUUCUUGUAGAGUUCUUCGAAGAUUUCCUCUAGUUUGUUGUUCAAUACUUGCAACAGUACUCAUAUAUAACGUACGAGAAUGACCUCCGGUCUGUGUAGUGAUACCUGGACUGCGCAUUCGAAACUGAGCACUCUCGCACAAAUGGGCAAUAAGUUCUUCCAAUUUACAAUCCGCUUUGAAUUCAAUUUUUUGAGGGACUUGACUGCAGGCUAAACAAUCCUCCUUCCUUUCAGCCUCAUAAGCAUAUGUGUACACACCUUCCAAAUCAUUGAAGACCAUAUAAUUAUUAAGGGGCAGGCAACAACUUGUAGCGAGCUUGAAAGCUUCAGUAGCACAUGCUGCUGCAACAACAGCAUUUGUUGAAGCAACUGCAGGUAUUAUAUUCUUCACUACUCCUUGUACCAAGCGGUAAGUUACCCCGGGAAUUGAGAACUGAGCAGCUCUCUCGGAUGAUUUUUCGUAAAUCCAGCUUAUAUGUUGAGGGUCAUCUCCAUCUAUGGGGACACUCCAGGGAUUUUCUUUAGGCCAUUGAAUAACUUUUACAUACUCAAUGCAAUGCUCAGGUAAGCGAGGAGUAUUUGCAAUAGUGCAAAGCGGAUAAGUAAUUUGGGGAGGAAAAAGAUCCAAAGUGCAAUCAAUACAAGCAGUCAUGCCUGGCAGGAUGACACGUACAUUCCCCUUGAAACCUUCUGUUCCUCCAUCAAUGAUUGGUAUUAUUGAACAUGUGUCCAAUACUCCAUUUUCAUAAUUCAAAAGAGAUAUUAUCAUCCCAUUUAUCCAACGACGAGCGACAAUCGAAUCUAGACCACAUACAACAAUGUGGAAUUGUCUGUAAAAUGAUUCAUCAAAAUCUUGAAUUUUACUAAAGUGAGGGACAACAUGGCAUCCUUGAAUUCUUGUAUUUAUGAAAUUUGCUGCAACCUCUGCUUUCGACUUCCCAAUAUCCUUGUGUCUAAACAGAAAUUGUCUGUUCAGGUUAGAAAGUUCUAUUGUAUCCAUAUCAAUGACAUGAAUAUUCCUAAAUCCCAUGUAGGCAAGAUCUUUCAGGAGUUCACAUCCUAAUCCACCGGCACCAAUAACGAGAAUUUUGCAGGAGUUCAUUAAAAAAUUAAGUGUCUCUGGGGAUGCUUCAAAAUCAGGAUGACAAAACGGUCCCGGCCUCUCCAAAAUCUUCCUCAGAUGAGACCAACGAUGAUGUAGAUUGUCACUUCCAUCUCCGGAUCCCAUCAUUUUAUCUUUUUGAAAAUUACACUGUCCCACGAGCAAUACAAAACGCUAACACUCACCUAUACAAUUUAACCUUACCUCAAACGGUUACAAUUACAGAUUGGUAGUUGUCAUCGAACGUUUCGAACGAACGUCAAUCCCACCAACCUCUGUUUCGUUCCGUUUGGUUUACUUCAUGGAUCCAGGUUUACCACCAUACAGAUGCAAUCAGUCAAUAAAACGACGUGGUAACACUGCGAAAGCGUUCAGAAACCUGUAGCCGCGUGCGACGGGUUUCCAUGUGGGAUAUUUCUAUGUAACUUUUCUUUUAUUUAUUAAAUUUACACGAAUUUCAGGGUCAUCAUGAAAUCACCUUCACCGAGCAUGGGAACGAUCGAUUUGUGCCGAAAUUGUUAAAGUUUAAAAAACAGAUUUUUGCAGUGUUUCCUUUACCGUGAAAGCCCUGAUAUCUUGUUUCUUCAAAUUGAGAUUUUAUCAUGGAAGAAUAUGCCAGAGAGCCGUGUCCAUGGCGUAUCGUGGACGACUGUGGAGGAGCAUUCACAAUGGGGUGUAUUGGAGGAGCUGUCUUUCAGAGCAUAAAAGGAUUUCGUAAUGCCCCUAGUGGACUGAACCGAAGGCUUCUGGGAAGUUUAGCAGCUGUUAAACAACGUUCCCCUGUGAUAGCAGGAAACUUUGCAGUAUGGGGUGGUCUCUUCUCUACAAUUGAUUGUACAUUGGUUCAUAUACGGCGUAAGGAAGAUCCGUGGAAUUCUAUAAUAUCAGGUGCUGCAACAGGAGGAAUAUUGGCAGCUAGAAACGGACUCCCAGCUAUGGCAGGAUCUGCGAUAAUAGGUGGUGUUCUUCUAGCUCUAAUAGAAGGUGUUGGUAUUCUAUUUACACGACUCUCUGCUGAGCAUUUUCGCCCAGCUCCACCUCAACUUGGCGACGAUCCAACACAAUUAGGACCACCACCACCUGGGUUCAGUCAGUCGUAUCAAUAGCAGUUUUAAUAGUGUAAUAUAAAGUAAUAGGUUGUAAAAUGUUCUUUAUUGUUGACUUUGUUGAUAGGAUCAGAGAUUCCCGUCUCACUGAAUGUGAACAGUGAUGCAGUCAUUUGUGAAUAAAUUUUAUUCUCAGUUGUACUUGUGAGGACAUUUCUACCUAGAAAUAAGUUUUGUGUUGUGUGAACAUAUUGUAUGCUUUUCAUAUUAUACAUUAAAGCAUAUUCUACUGUACCAGCACAAAAUUAUGUUGGUUUUUUUAAAAAAAAAAUUAAUAUUGUAGAACCUCUUCUACUAAGAUGGAAAAAAAUGUAUGACAGAAUUACAAUUAAAUUAUUUCAUAAAAGUUGUUUAUUUGAUUAUUUGUUUGGGAUUGUAAGUAUCCAUAGUUUUUAAAUUCGGAAAUUAUCUUAAAUGGUUUUGUAGUAGUAGGCAGUCUAGUCUUAAAGAGAAUGCACUUGAGAAUAACAUAAAGUGCAGGAGAAUAACAAUUUUUAUACUGCAUUUAAGGAUCCUGGAAUAUGUGUUUUGUGUUUAGCUGAUCUCGCUGAACAGCUGAAUUAUCAUUAAGAGUCAUAGUUUACAAUUUUUUAACAAUCUAUAACCUAAAUACUUUAUCUCUGGUGAGUCACAAUAGUAUCUUUAAUAUGAUUUAACGAGACUAGUUGCAGUUUCAAACUGCCGCAAAAUGUAUUUGAGCCGGAAGGAAUUGUUGCAAUUUUUGAAAAUAUGAUAAAAUAUGUUUUAACCCAGGAGUGCCCGGAAUUUAUCUCUGAUAUAACUGCAACUUUCUGAAGCUCUAUUUGCAGAAAUAGUAAUUUUAUUUAGUUUGUACAUGUCCACCCCAAUGCAAUUGUUAAUAAAUUUAAUCCUACACUGCAGAAACCUUGUCUGAAUAUUUAUGCUGAGGAAGGUAAAAAUUGAUGAAGUACAUGCGAAAGUCAUUAAACCUCUUAGCUUAUUAAAUAAUAUUAACUACAAUUUCCACAGGUGACUUUGGCAUGUUUUAAACGAAAAUAUAUUUUACAUUUUUCACUAAAAUAGAGAAAGUCUUUUCGUUUUUUGCAAAGCUCACGAUUGUUUUCAUUUCGCCACUGACAUUCCCUGCAUGUCUCCUUUGGGAAGAAAUUAUGACUUGAUCCUAGGUAAGACAAAUUAUUUCAUUUUCUGAAUAGGCACUUGCCGUAGAUGCAGCUAAAAUUAAUGUCAUGAUAUGUACCGUUUAGGCCAGAAACUCACAAAGUAAUGGUGCCAGUGCAUGCAAUGUAUUUGACAUAUUGCAGAGCACAGCCAUCAAGACUCAAUAUACCCACUGGUGUUCUCAGAUAAGUACAAUGAAGGAGUACAUGAAAUAUCAGAAGACUAAAUAAUUCAGGAAUAUAAAAUUGCUGUGGAUAGGAUCUUGCAAAUCUAUUGUGGGCACUUCGGUGUUAAUAGAAAGUUCAAAUGCCAUAAACUGAAAUUAUUUAUUUUUUGCUUGCUUAGGGUAAGGAAUUUCUUUCAAACACAUUUUUAACUAUGUAGUUUAUACAAAAAUUAUAUUAGUAUAUUUAAUAUACUAAUUAUAUAUUAUAAACUUCAUUAUGCAGAUGUUACAUGUGC